ACGCGGUUUGCUCGCCAGCACUGUCCUCUCACGCGCUCGAUCCGCUCUGCCGGGCGGCGCGCGGGUCAGACGCCCAGCACGCGCUCCACUCGCCGGUGCUACCUCCGCGACAGCAGACCCGAGCGCCAACAGCGCGCAGCAGAUCACGAGCGAGGUGAUCAAGCCUGCAAUCUGAGCUAACGCUUACCUGCUAUGGACCGCUGGAGAGGCAAAGUCGCGCUGGUAACUGGUGCCAGCGCCGGCAUCGGUGCUGCCAUCUGUCGAGAGCUUGUGCAUCACGGAAUGACGGUGGUUGGAUGCGCCAGGAAUCACAAACGAAUCGAGGAGCUGGCUGCCGAACUGAAAGGUUCAUCUGGUUCCCUGACAGCGAUGCACUGUGACCUGACCAAGUCGGACGAGAUUGAGGCCAUGUUCUGUGCUAUCACCAAACAGUUCGGCGGCGUCGACGUCUGCAUUAACAACGCCGGCCUCAAUUUUACCGGGGGCCUCCUUGAUGGCGCCAUCGACAAGUGGCGCACUAUACUGGACGUCAACGUCUUGGCGCUGGCACACUGUGCUCAGCUGGCUAUUAAGGGCAUGAAGGAUCGUGACGUCACCGAGGGACAGGUGAUCAACAUCUGCAGCCAGGCCGGACAUAUGGUGGGCCCAUAUCCAAACAGCCAUUUCUACACGGCGACCAAGUUCGCGGUGACGGCCCUGACCGAGGGGCUCCGCCAGGAGCUGGCGGCCGAUGAGACGAACAAAAUCAGAGUUGCGCAACUAUCGCCCGGCCUCGUGAAGACCGAGAUCGUCGGCCGGAUGCUUAACGACAUGGCCCGCGGUGACGUCAUCAUGGCCGGCGGCAUGGACGCCAGCGCCAUCGCCAAAACAGUCACCUUUGUCAUGUCCCUUCCGCCUGAUGUGCAGGUUCAUGAUGUUCUGAUGAGGCCGACGUCUCAGAAAAGAUAAGCGAUCUACUUCGACCGGCAUGGACGAUGAUGAUGUCACGCACGUCGAUGUUACCAACUGACGCGUCCUUGUGUGAAAAUAUUCAAUCAAAAGGUCUCUUAAAUAACGCAUUUGUAACUUACGCUCAUUCUACCAACCUUUGAAUCACGGUAAAAGCACAAGUUAGCAUAGAAAACAAAUUUGUGGUCACGUUCGCGAUUGUGGUAUGUAAAAAUACACUUGUAUUAGUUGGGUUGGCGUAGAUUACCCUAAAACCAUGCAAAUAACAGCGUAUUGCCAUUGGCGUAGGUGUUUCCCUAGCAACCGUUUUUUUAUGAGUUUUGGUCGCCAUGACCUUUUGGAGGUCAAACAAAGUGAAUGACCUCAAAUGAGCACCAGUGAAUUUUUCCUUAGGCUUACGACGAUUGCAUGAGAAGGUCUGGUGGCAGUUUGGACACCGAUCUGAAGUUUGACCUUGUUUGACCUUAUCUGCCCCGAAGUUUAUGACCAAGGAACUCCAAUUUUAGCACGACUGAGUUCACAUACAGACCACAUACUCUGUGAAUUUUAUGUCUCUAGCUCUCUUGGUUUUGAGGUCUUGAAUGGUCAAAUUGACAAAUUGUCAAAUUGUCAAAUUUGUUUGUUGUUGUCAAAUUGUCAAAUUGUCAAACUGAUGACCCCCCCCCCCCCUCCACCUGCGCGAAGGGUAUUUAACCAGCCAACUGGGCGCGUGAUAACCCUUUUUAGUUUCCUAGGAAGCGUGACAUCAACAUUUGCCAAUUUGAGCGAAACCAUCAACAUGAGGUGAGCAGGCUGGUGGAAGGAUUACUUCAGCCCAGAGGGCGGCGAUUCUGUCCCUGUGUGCCAUGCGGGCCAUGUGCAAGAAUAUGAUAGCUCCGAGCGUGCUAAUUAUUAUUAUUAAAGCUAAAAAGCGCCCCAAGUUUCCCAAGGUCUAAUGAUAAAAACACCCCUGAAAUAAGCAUUCUCAGCUCACUUAUGUGAACGUUGUUUCAAGGGCAUAUCCAAAUAUGCACACUAGAAUAUAUCAAACAUACAUUAGAAAGCACUGUGGCUUAAAACGGCUCUAGGUUUCUGAUAGCAGCUUUUCCUAAUUUGCCAAACAUGGCGAGUUAGUCAAUAAAACGUAUCAUGUCAUGUCAUGUCAAUAAAACGCAUCAUGCCAUGUCAUGUCAAUAGAACGCAUCAUGUCAUGUCAUGCA